GAGACAUUUGCUUAUAAAAAGAAAUCGGGCUAGAAACCCUGUGGCUUAAUAGAGUCAACUACACGUUUCCUCAACCCUGCUGGCAUUGCCCUCUGAGUGGGUUCCUGGAAAUGGCAAGCGCAAGAAGCGAAAAGGAUUUCUUUCAGGAUGAAUUAGAAGAAGAAGAUGUGAUACUCACCUUGGUUCCAGUAAGCGAGGAACCUAAUGAACAUCAAAUGGAACCAAGUGUUUCUUCAACCUCAGACAGCAAUGAUAAAGUUUAUCUUCCUCAAAUGAAUGAACAAUUCAAAGGUUGCCCAAAACCAGUCCUUCCCUUGCCGACCAAAUUGCCAUCAUUUAAUAGAGUACGUCGCGAAACUUUGCAGAACUGGUGCCAACAACUGAAUUUGAGUACCAAUGGUAAGAAAAUAGAGGUUUAUCUGAGGCUCAGGGAACAUGCUUAUUUUGAAAAAAAACGAGUGAAUGGGAAGCAUGGAUGCAGUGUAAAUAGUGAUGCUGAAACACCAGAAGAGGACACAUUGCAGUCAUGUUCGGGGAAAUUGACCAAGAGAGCAAGGAGUAAGAAAAGUCCUCAGAUGAGUAAAAGAGAGGAAGAGACUCAAGCAGUUGAAAUGAUCAGUACAAUUGAAGUGGCCAAUACAGUUGAAGUGGCCAGUACAGUUGAAGUGGCCAGUACUGUUGAAGUGGCCAAUACAGUUGAAGUGACCAAUACAGUUGAAGUGAUAACUUCAGCUCGUGAGGCCAUGUUGGCAGCAUGGUCAAGAAUUGCUGCAAGAGGCUCGCUGUCUAAGGCUGCAAAUUCAUAUAAAAUUCCUAUUUCUGUGGAGAAUUUUCUGCUGCAAACAUCUGGUGUCAGGUGGUGUGUGGUCCAUGGCAAACAACUCCUGGCAGACAAGAAGGGUUGGGUUCGCCUGCAGUUCCAUGCAGGUCAGACCUGGGUGCCUGACACUCCCACGAAGAUGAUUUCUCUCUUACUUUUACCGGCCUGUUCUUUCCCAUCUCCAGAUCUAGAAGAUAACAUGUUAUGCCCUGAUUGUGUUAAGAGGAAUAAAAAGAUGAUGGAGAAAUUAGGUAAAAUGAGGAGAAGGUAACCUGCUUUGAACACUCCCAAUACAGAAGACAUGGUGGAGAGCUCACAACUAAGUUAACUUGUGUCCCAUUGAUUGUGUGCUCUGCCUUGGACACCCUCAGCAUUCCUGAUGCCUUGAGAAUGGAUGUAAAUGUUUGGACUCUGUAUUGGAGGUUUACCAAAAAAUGACUGUCACUGCUUCUUCAAGUGUUCAGCUAUGUAAAAUAUAGUUUUGUUUUAAUUAAUAGAAUUGUAAAGCAGUUUUAAGGUGUUUGGAAAAAUUGAGCAGAAAGAGUUCCCAAAUUCUGUUGUGUCACCUUCCCCCGCCCAAUUUCCCAAUUACUAUCCAACACCCUGCACCAGA